UGCAGUUGCUCUUAUUCAAUAACGUGUAGCAGCCACACGAUGAAGUUCGCUGGAGUAAAUUGAACGAAAAAAAGGUUGUAUUUUUGACUGAAAGUCUGGGCAGGCGGCAGAGGGAGGAUGUUUCAGGUGCUGAGGCUUCUCUCGGCGGCCGCUCUGCCUCUCUGCCGGGCUGGAGGAGCCCGGGCUCGGCUCUCCGCGCUGACGGCAGGACGGCUCUUCACAGUCGGACACCGGAGCUCCGCUGCCUCGAACUUUUUUCGGACUCCGACUAACUUCCUGUCCUGCCGCAGAUUCCAGUUAGCUCAGCGCCGACUGUAUUCCACAGAACCCAAAGAUGGAAGAGGAGGAGGAGGAGGAGGAGGAGGUGGGAAAUCAGGAAGACCAGGAGGAGGGAAGAGAGGAGGCGGUUCAGGGAAAGACUGGUGGAGCCGAUUUCAGAAGGGUGAUGUCCCCUGGGAUGAGAAGGAUUUCCGUUACAUGGCGGUCACCGUGGCCGGAGUCAGUUCAGCUCUGCUCUACUUCUACUUCAGAGAUAGCGGCAGAGAGAUCAGCUGGAAGGACUUUGUCCACCGAUACCUGGGCAGAGGCAUGGUGGACCGGUUGGAGGUCAUCAACAAACAGUAUGUCAGAGUCGUCCUGGUGCCGGGAGCCGACGCCGAUGCGAGCUACGUUUGGUUCAACAUCGGCAGCGUCGACACGUUUGAGAGGAACCUGGAGGCGGCACACAUGGAGCUCGGCCUGGAGCCGUCGCACCGAGCCACCGUCGUUUACAGCACCGAGAGUGAUGGCUCUUUUCUGAUGAGCAUGCUCCCCACCCUGCUGCUGAUUGGUUUCCUGCUCUUCACCCUGCGACGAGGACCAAUGGGUGGGGGCCCUGGCGGCGGGAGGGGCGGGCCCUUCAGCAUGAGCGAGUCCACAGCCAAAAUGAUGAAGGACAAUAUUGAAGUGAAGUUCAAGGACGUGGCUGGCUGUGAGGAGGCCAAACUGGAGAUCCUGGAGUUCGUCAACUUCCUGAAGAACCCACAGCAGUACCAGGACCUCGGAGCCAAGAUCCCCAAGGGUGCUGUGCUGUCCGGUCCCCCUGGGACAGGGAAGACUCUUCUGGCCAAAGCCACAGCUGGAGAGGCCAACGUCCCCUUCAUCACUGUCAACGGCUCCGAGUUCCUGGAGAUGUUUGUGGGCGUCGGCCCGGCCAGAGUGAGGGACAUGUUUGCCAUGGCGAGGAAGAACGCCCCCUGCAUCCUCUUCAUCGAUGAGAUUGACGCCGUGGGGAGGAAAAGAGGAGGAGGGAACUUUGGUGGGCAGAGCGAACAGGAGAACACCCUGAACCAGCUGCUGGUGGAGAUGGACGGUUUUAACACAGCUACUAAUGUGGUGGUCCUGGCUGGAACCAACAGACCUGACAUCCUGGAUCCUGCUCUGAUGAGACCGGGACGCUUCGACAGACAGAUCCACAUAGGUCCUCCGGACAUCAAGGGGAGGGCGUCCAUCUUUAAAGUCCACCUUCGACCAAUCAAACUGGACCCCAACCUGGACAAAGACAUGCUCGCCAGGAAUAUGGCUGCAGCGACGCCAGGAUUCACUGGAGCCGACAUCGCUAAUGUCUGCAACGAGGCGGCUCUGAUCGCUGCCAGACACCUGAACCCAUCCGUCAACGCCAAACACUUCGAACAGGCCAUCGACCGGGUCAUCGGAGGUCUGGAGAAGAAGACUCAGGUCCUGCAGCCCACAGAGAAGAAGACUGUGGCGUAUCAUGAGGCCGGUCACGCCAUCGUGGGCUGGUUCCUGCAGCACGCUGACCCACUGCUGAAGGUGUCGAUCAUCCCGCGGGGGAAGGGUCUGGGUUAUGCUCAGUACCUGCCCAGAGAGCAGUAUCUGUACAGCAAAGAGCAGCUGUUCGACAGGAUGUGCAUGAUGCUGGGAGGACGCGUGGCUGAGCAGGUCUUCUUCAGCCGGGUCACCACCGGAGCUCAGGACGACCUGAAGAAGGUCACACAGUCCGCCUACGCUCAGGUGGUGCAGUUUGGGAUGAGCGAGAAGGUGGGGCAGGUGUCGUUCGAUCUGCCCCGGCAGGGUGAGAUGGUCAUGGAGAAACCUUACAGCGAAGCGACGGCCGAGCUGAUCGACGAGGAGGUCAGAGAGCUGGUGGAGCGAGCGUACGAGCGAACCCUGCAGCUCGUCAAGGACAAGAAGGACCUGGUGGAGAUGGUGGGAAAACGUCUCCUGGAGAAGGAAGUCCUGCACAAGGCGGACAUGUUGGAGCUGCUGGGCCCGCGGCCAUUCGAGGAGAAGUCAACGUAUGAGGAGUUUGUGGAAGGGACGGGGAGCUUCGAGGAGGACACGAGCCUGCCGGAGGGCCUCCGAGACUGGAACCAGGAGAGAGGAGGGGAGGCCGAGGAGACGAGUCCAGCUCAGGACAAACAGCAGGCGGUGUAGUGCCGCAAUUCUCAGAUAAGACAAACAAACGCUUCACAUCCCAGCUGCAAAAAAAACUCAACUCAGUGCUGACUCAGUUGUACGGAGCCUGGGAGGUGUUGGGAGGGGGAAAUACUUCCACAAAUUAGUAAUUCAUGUCCUCAAUUGAUUUUGGUUCCUUCAGGUUAAGAACUCAGACUCUUAUUAACUUAAUUCCCUGAGCAGCAAAUUCACAGCUUCAUCUGUUUGUCCCCUCAACUCUUCCUUAAAAGUGUUUUGGUCUGAUUGAAAUUCUCGGCUCAGAGAAUGUGAACAUAUUUCUUCUCGUCUUUUUCCAAUGGGAGUACAAAAGAGGAGGAAGAGGGGGGG